AUGUGGCUCCUGGGCACCGCGCGCGCAAACCUCGUCUUCUUUCCCCAACCCGAAGAUGUUCCUGGACUCGGCUAUGCUAUCCUGUCGCACACCUGGGGAGAAGAAGAAGAAACGUUUCAAAAGUCCUCACCACCAUGGUUCAACCCACGCGAUCGCCUCACUCCGAAAGUUCGAUCAUUCCUUAAGCUCGCCGAACAGCACGGGCAUGAGUACGCUUGGGUCGACACGUGCUGUAUCAACAAGGACAGCAGUUCCGAGCUCUCGGAAGGCAUCAAUUCCAUGUUCCGCUACUACGCCCUCUCCGACGUCUGCUACGUCUACCUCAGUGACGUCAGAUACUCAGACACUGAUUUAGACGGCAUGUGGGACGCCUUCGAAACCAGUCGCUGGCACGAGCGGGGCUGGACUCUCCAGGAGCUGAUCGCGUCCCGCAUCCUCGUGUUCUAUUCCAAAGAGUGGAUAUGUCUGGGCACCAAGUACGAGCUCGCCGAUCGCCUAGAAGAAGCAACCGAGAUCUCUGCGGCGGUCCUCCGCUUCGAGAGCCCGUUUACCGACGAGACCAUUGCGACGCGCAUAUCCUGGGCAGCGCGUCGGUUUACCACGAGGCCGGAAGACGCGGCCUACAGCCUCUUCGGGCUUUUCGGGGUCAACAUGCCGACGCUGUACGGCGAAGGGCGGCACGCAUUCUGCCGGCUCCUUAUGGAGAUCUCGAAGACCUCGCGGGAUCCUUCAAUUUUUCUCUUGGGAGAACGAAUACCUGUUGUGCGUAUGAGGAGACCAAGCACGGCCAUCGCCUCACAUGGCUGGACGAUGAAAGACCUGCACGUUGUAGCCCUCCCGCCGUACACCGCACCCUGCCGUCGCCUUCUUCCGCCGAAAACGUCUCCCUUUGUUUCAAUGCAACCCCGUAUCAGUUAA